AUGGCGGCUUCGGUGGCGGCUGCAGCCGGGCAGCUGCGGCGGGCCCUGGGAAGGUCUCCUUCGUGGCGGGGCCCCGGUCACCGGCCGCUCUCGUCCGAGCCCCAUCCAGCUCCGGCCAAGGCCGUGAGGGACGCCUUCCUGAGCUUCUUUCGGGACCGCCAUGGUCACCGGCUCGUGCCCUCCGCUUCCGUGCGGCCCCGCGGCGACCCCAGCUUGCUUUUCGUCAAUGCCGGGAUGAACCAGUUCAAGCCCAUCUUCCUGGGCACCGUGGACCCGCGGAGCGAGAUGGCAGGCUUCCGGCGUGUGGCCAACAGCCAGAAAUGUGUGAGGGCCGGGGGUCACCACAAUGACCUGGAGGACGUGGGCCGAGACCUCUCCCAUCACACCUUCUUUGAGAUGCUGGGCAACUGGGCCUUUGGGGGUGACUAUUUCAAGGAGGAGGCUUGUAGCAUGGCCUGGGAACUGCUGACCCAAGUCUACGGGAUCCCUGAAGACAGGCUCUGGGUCUCCUACUUUGGUGGAGACCCCAAGGCAGGACUGGGCCCAGACCUGGAGAGCAGGGACAUCUGGCUCAGCUUAGGAGUGCCUGCCAGCCGUGUGCUGGCCUUUGGGCCACAAGAGAACUUCUGGGAGAUGGGGAACACUGGCCCCUGUGGGCCUUGCACUGAGAUCCACUAUGACCUGGCGGCAGGGGUGGGGCCCCCUCAGCUGGUGGAGCUUUGGAAUCUGGUCUUCAUGCAGCACAACAGCCAGUCCGAAGUGGCCUGGUCCUUGUCACUGUCUGGGAACCUGGGGCUCCCCCUGGACCUGGUCGAGCUAAUGCUGGAGGAGAAGGGCGUGCGACUGGACUCAGCUGGGCUAGAGCGGCUGGCCCAGGAGGAGGCCCAGCACCGGGCACAGCACGCCGAGCCAGUCCAGGAGCGAGCACUGCAGCUAGACGUCCAUGCCCUGGCGGAGCUGAAGCAGCAAGGGCUGCCCCCCACUGAUGACAGCCCCAAAUACAACUACUUCCUUCGACCCAGCGGGGGUUACGAGUUUGGAACCUGUGAGGCCCAGGUGCUUCAGCUGUACGCAGAGGACGGGGCAGCUGUGGCCUCUGUCGGGGGAGGCCAGCGCUGUGGGAUCCUCUUGGACAGGACCAACUUCUACGCUGAGCAGGGCGGUCAAGCUUCAGACCGCGGCUACCUGGUUCCCGUGGAGCAGCAGGAUGUCCUGUUCCCCGUGGCGGGGGCCAGGGUCUGUGGGGGCUUCGUUCUGCAUGAGGCGGUGGCACCUGAGUGCCUGAAGGUGGGGGACCAGGUGCAGCUGCACGUGGAUGAGGCCUGGCGAUUGGGCUGCAUGGAGAAGCACACGGCCACCCACCUGCUGAACUGGGCCCUGAGAGAGGUCCUGGGCCCUGGCACGGAGCAGCGGGGCUCCCACCUCAACCCAGAGCGGCUGCGCCUCGAUGUGGCCACGCAGGUGAGAGCAGUUCAGAGUAGGGUUGACAGUGGGGCGGCCCUCCUUCCUGCCCCACAGGCCACACAGAAAGCCCAGGAGCUGCUGGCACGGCACAAGCCGGGGCCUCUGAUUGUGGACACCGUCCCCGCUGAGUCCCUCUCAGUGCUGGCGAAGGUGGUGCGGCAGCUGUGUGAGCAGGCCCCCCGCACGUCCGCCCUGCUGCUUAGCCCCCAGCCCCUGGGCAAGGUGCUGUGUGCCUGUCAAGUGGCCCAGGGUGCCACACCCACCUUCACAGCAGAGGCCUGGGCCCUGGCUGUGUGCAGCCACAUGGGGGGCAAGGCUUGGGGCUCCCAAGUCGUGGCCCAGGGCACCGGGAGCACCGCCGACCUGGACACUGCCCUCAGCACAGCCCGAGCCUAUGCCCUCCGCCAGCUCUGAGCCAGGCCCAGCCGGGGCUCGUGUGAACAGAGAAACAGUGGCCGACCAGUGGCUGCCGGGAGUCCUGAGGAGCCCACAGAGCUGCCCAGAGAGACAGCAGAGAGCCAGCGGCUGAGCCAGAGAGAGCCGCCCUGACUGGGCCCGCCUGCGCUGCGUAGAUGGGGACUGAGAAGGCAGACGUGAACCCAGAGACACUACUGCUUGGUGGCUGUGACUGCUCAUUAAAAAGCAUUUCACAGGG